UCCAUUGCCAAAUAACAUGUAAAAAUUUUCAACCGGAUCUAUUAAAUUGGUAAUUUAUAAAAAUUAUUCAAAGAAAACAACUCGAGAUGGUUGGAUAGUGUUGCAGACAGAGUUCAAGCUUCGCGAUGAUGUCGUUAGUUUUUCCACGCUCAAUCCGAGGCAUUUUUUAUUUGGUGAUAAGCAUCAUAAUUCUAGCUUGUUCACCAACCUCAUCAGAAAAUCUUGUUGACGACUCGGAUGUAUUACGUUAUUUUGCACCUUGUGGCGAGGAAAAAACAAUUUUGAGGUGCAAACUAGAAUACGAUGACAACCGAAGCGGAGCCUCUUAUAGUACAUCAUGGUACCAUUUAUCAGCUCGUCAACUUGAACUAUUGAACACUACUAAACUAUCAGAUCUUUCAGAAUACGCAGUUCGAGGAACUUAUUCAACGAGCUAUCUCGGCAGCUAUGAAAUAGACGUUGGUUCCACCAUAGAUGACGUUUCUGUCUACGAUAGCGGAUGGUAUUCUUGCUUGAAAGCGUCAAACGAUGGAAAAAUAGAGGAGCUGAUCAGACUUUGGUUGGAAGUUGACGAUUGUGCAGAUGGCAAAGGAGACGAGCGGCAAAAACAAAAAAUUCAAAACAACGAAGGAGCACCUUAUUUUGCAAAUCGAAAAGUUGCGAAGUACGUUUCGACCAAUAGUAAAGGACCAGAAAUAACUCAAAUCGCUAUAGGAUGUCGAUUCAGAGCAUACCCACGUCCAACGAACAUUACUUGGUUAAUAAAUGGUCAACCAGUGAAGAACCGAAGAGAGGAUCCAAGUGCGCCUUACUACAAAAAUAAUGCUUUUAGUACCAGAAGUUACAUCGAGGCAACUAAUUCGACACAGAAUGUCACAACAGAUUAUACCAUUCACAUAUGUAACGCGAAUGGUUGCAUCGAAAGAACAUUUUUAAUUUUGCCAAUCACUUCGUCAGAAAAAAAUGAAACAGAUCAGUUCAUAAUCGAAACACAUGAAAAUGUGACCAUACAAGCAGGUGAAUCCAUCACAUUGGAAUAUGAAUUCGAAAACCGUACACAGCCAUGGACUGCAGAAUGGAUAGCUCAUGAUAAUGGCAAAACUUACCCUCUUAAAAGUGAAAACAAUGAACAAUCCUUCGUCGCUGCUUACACAAUCACUGAGACGCUCAACAAACAAGAAAGGAUCUACGAGUGCAAAGUAUCCAAUUCAAAAUGGAUACAGAAGCAUUUCUUUCAUGUGAAAAUUGUCGACAGUCCAACACCAUCUGUAACCACCAAGGUACCAACAGAGAAGACACCCAUUAAAAAGAAAAACAAUGUAGCUUGCGGUAAAACUGCCAUAUUAACCUGCAAUGUCAGACCUGCGACAAACUCGCGAAUAAUAUGGUAUCAUUUAUCAGACGAGCGUGUACAAGAAUUGAUAAAGACUAACUCGUAUGGGGAAUUAUCAAAACACGCGAUUUCUCAGCAGGAAAACGAGUACCCCACUAGACUUCGAUUAAAGUACGUCAUGCCGUUUGAUGAAGGAUGGUAUUCUUGUGUCGAACAAGUAGAGACAGACAAAGGAACACAUUCGCGAGUACUCAUCAGUCGUUUGUUAGAAAUUAGCAAUUGUCCAGCAAAUUACACUCUCAAAACAUGUAUUCGUCAAUACGACUGUACGAAUAAAACAUAUGAAAUUUCAACAAAGCUGGGCAAGAAUGGAACUGUCACAAUUGAAUCUCACGAUAAUGUGAACGUAUUAGCAGGGAAAUCUGUUACUUUAGAGUGCCAAUUCAGUCGUCGCGGAUUUGCAGAAUAUGAAUGGAUUCUAGAGUGGAGCCAUAAUAAUGGAACAAUUCGUCAAUGCAAAAAUUCAGAGGAUCUAACAAAGUGUGCCAUAAAUGAUUACGUGUCCACUUAUCCGGUCCAAAAAGUAACCAGUAAAGACGAAGGCACAUAUGAAUGUCGAGUGUCCAAUUGGAAAUGGAUACAGAAACAAUUCUUCCAUGUGAAAAUUCAAUAAUUAGCAUAAUAGAUAAGUUGUACAAGUUGCUAUUAAAGUUUUUGUACUCACCAUUUGGCAGAAUAUUUCACUAGAUUUGGCCAUUGCAUCUCCUAUAAAAAAUUUUAAAAAACAAGAACGUUAAACAUAAUAAUUAGUACCUCAAAGAAAAAAGUCAUUUCAUUACUGUUGUAAAAUUAAAAAUAUUGUUAACAGACCUACUUACAGUACAAUUUGGUAGAUAUUCCAAUUGUUAACUAUGCCAAGUAAAAAUUGUAUAGAAAAUAAAUUAAAUUAUGCAUUUUUA